AUGGCACAAGUAGAAUCCGAAGUAACAGCUGGAAAUGUUCGAAGUUUGGUGAAUAGGUUAUCUAGGGAUAUGAGCAACAGAAACCCGUUUUCCGUUCAUCAAAGUGUUGAAAAAAGAGCUGUUCCACCUGUAUCUUCUCAACCUCAACAACAAUUAUACAUUGCAACUUAUGCAUACAGCUCGAAACAAGAAGAUGAGCUCAGUUUCGUCGUUGGUGAUAUUAUUGAAUUGAUUAGUGAAGUUGAAGAUGGAUGGAGUAAAGGAAAACUGAAAACUACUGGAGCGGUUGGAAUGUUUCCAACAAAUUUCGUAACUCUAAAAGCAGCCCCUACAGUACCGAGCACUUCCAGCUCUUCUACUGUAGCUUCUAGUAAUGCGGCCCGCCCAAAAACAGGCACCGGAGAUGUUGUAAUGAGGGUUGAGCCCAAAGCAAUUGAUCGAACUCCGUCAACAAUCCUCUUAGAUCAGUCACCCGCUCUGAAAAUAUCAGAAAACAAGUUCAACAGCACUGUUUCAUCUGCUACACCAGCAUCAGUAAGCACGGAAUCACCUUCCUCUGAAACUGCGAAAACAAAAGAAAUGGCGCGUGUCAAAUUCGUCUACAAUCCUCAGCACGAUGAUGAGUUAGCUCUGAAAGAUAUUGAUAUGCUGCUCAACAUCACAAAUAAGAACUGUGGUGAUGCUGGUUGGUUUGAAGGUGAACUUAAUGGAAAGAAAGGACUUUUCCCUGAUAAUUUCGUGGAAUUGGUGCAAGUUCCCCUCGGUACUGAAUCUGGAAUGCGAUAUGCAUCAAUUUCGCGAGCAACAAAUCUCACUUUAAUCGGUCACAAACCUCCUCCAGUGAAUCCACCUCAACCUGCAGUCCCUCCAAAGCCAGCGAAAAUUGUAUCAACUGAAUCAACUUCCCCUUCGUCUACUACAGCAGUUACUUCUCAGGCCCCAGUUGGUUCAAUUUCAACAGCUUCCUCCACCAAUAUGCCGUCUGUUAAUCCGUCCGGCGGAUUGAAGAAUAAUAACUUUGCUGCCCUCCGAGAGAAAAUGUCAAAAAAUCUCAACGUUGUGGCACCGGAAAAAGUUGCAUCUAUUCAACAGAAACCCACCGAACAACGAGAUCGUUCGUCAACCGUUGAAUCGUCUACCGGAGAGCCAUCAGUUGAUCACAGUAGUGGAGAUCAAGUAACUGAACUCCAACAUAUCACCAAGAAUCGAGCACGCCCGCCGAAGAAUCGUCCGAUGAGUAUGGUCAUGAACCGUAAUCGAUCUUCCGAUGAGUCUCCAACAGGACGCCUGAGCUCUCCUACUUCUGCUGCUACGAGUUAUCCAAUGUCUGCUUCAAUGUUCGUUCCUGCUGCGAAAGAAGUUUCAAUUCCUUCCAAUAGCAGUGCGUCAUCAUCUCCAUUCAAAACUUCAUCUAUCGCUCCUGUUACGUUGGUCCCACCUUCUUCUGCAUCGAAGCCUGCACUUCGUCCGGUCACAAGCAAUUCACUUCCUGAAACAAAUGAUUCAUCAUUCAUCAGAAAGUUGGCUUCCCCUGACAGUGGAAAGUCUCCAGAUCUUUCAUCAAACCCUGAUUAUGUGAGCCGGGCUGAAUAUGAUGCUCUGCUCGAUCGGUUCCGUGCAUUAGAAUCGAGAGUAAUUGCUUUGGAGAAACACCGUUUUUAG